AUGUCAGACGGAAACGAUAACGCGACGACCGCCGCGAGCAACGCGAAGUACUGUAAAAAGUGCGAUCGUACCAAUGUGCAGGAAGGUAUGGUGUGUUGUGAUGUGUGCGAUUCGUGGGUACACUUCCAUUGCGCGGGUGCGAAUGAAUCGAUUGCGGAGCCAGAGAAAAGCUGGAAGUGCAGUGAUUGCAUAGCAAACUCGGAGGUUGGAUCGAAGUCGGCUGUGUCGUUCAACGAGUCGUCAGUCAGCAAGAGUAGCCGAGUGUCCCAGAAAUUGCAGCUCAGCUUGCAACUGCUAGAGGAGCAGCGGAAGUUAAAGAAGAAGCGCGCGGAAGAAGAGCUGCGUGCGCGGAAGCUGGAAGAGGAGGCUAAGUUGAAGGAGAUAGAGGAGGAGCAGGAGUACUUGAAAGAAAAGUACAAGUUGAUGGCGCAGUAUAAGUACAAGUUGAUAGAAGACGAAAAGGAGUCGUGCAGUAGGAAGUUAGCGUAA